AUGCGCUACGCGGACCCCUCGGCGAACCGGGAUUUGUUGGGGAACCGAACUUUGCUCUUCAUCUUCAUCUGCGCCUUCGCUUUGGUGACCUUGCUGCAACAGAUCUUGUACGGCAGAAACUACAUCAAGAGAGGCCUCCAGUUUGGCUGGCAGAGUGGCGACCCGCUGGCCAAUUGGACGGGGCUCUUUAAUGUCACGGACGACCCAGCAGUGCAGAGCGGCAGUGACUCCAGCUCCAGGUACUUUGAGUUUUACGAGGGCCCAUUUGAAUAUAACUCCACAAGAUGCCUGGAGCUGAGGCACGAAAUCUUGGAAGUGAAGGUGCUGUCCAUGGUGAAGCAGUCGGAGCUGUUCGACAGAUGGAAGAGCCUGCAGAUGUGCAGAUGGGCGAUGAAUAUCUCGGAAGCCAACCAGUUCAAGUCCACUCUGUCCAGGUGCUGCAAUGCGCCCUCCUUCCUCUUCACCACCCAGAAGAACACUCCCCUGGGGACAAAGCUCAAGUACGAAGUGGACACCAGCGGCAUCUACCACAUCAACCAGGAGAUCUUCCGCAUGUUUCCCAAGGACAUGCCCUACUACCGGUCCCAGUUUAAGAAGUGUGCAGUGGUGGGCAAUGGGGGGAUCCUGAAGAACAGCCGCUGUGGGAGGGAGAUCAACAGUGCUGACUUUGUCUUCCGGUGCAACCUACCCCCCAUCUCAGAGAAGUACACCAUGGAUGUGGGCGUGAAGACGGACGUGGUCACUGUGAACCCCAGCAUCAUCACAGAGAGGUUCCACAAGCUGGAGAAGUGGCGGCGGCCCUUCUACCGGGUGCUGCAGGUGUACGAGAACGCAUCGGUGCUGCUGCCCGCCUUCUACAACACGCGCAACACCGAUGUGUCCAUCCGCGUCAAGUACGUGCUGGACGACUUCGAGUCGCCGCAGGCGGUGUACUACUUCCACCCGCAGUACCUGGUCAACGUGUCGCGCUACUGGCUCAGCCUGGGGGUGCGCGCCAAGCGCAUCAGCACCGGCCUCAUCCUGGCCACGGCCGCCCUCGAGCUCUGCGAGGAGGUGCACCUGUUCGGCUUCUGGGCCUUCCCCAUGAACCCCUCGGGCCUCUACAUCACCCACCACUACUAUGACAACGUCAAGCCCCGCCCCGGCUUCCACGCCAUGCCUUCCGAGAUCUUCAACUUCCUGCACCUGCACAGCCGAGGCAUCCUGCGCGUGCACACGGGCACCUGCACCUGCUGCUGAGGGCUGUGCGGGUCGGCCAGCCGGCCACCCGGCGAGGAGAA